AUGUCUGUUGUGCUGACGGCCCAGCAGCUGAAGAGUGAGACCGGAGAAUUCGACCUGCAAACGGUGUUCCGCUUGGUAUUAUCGAAGAAGCGGAUUCGCAGCCCCGUCGACGUACUGGAACGGUUGGUGAACCUCCGAUUUCUCGACCUAUCUGAGAAUGAGAUUACCACGCUCGGAUCGUCUCUUACGAAUCUUUCGUUCCUCGAGCACGCGGAUUUCUCCUCCAACAAGCUGAGCAAAUGCGAGAAUCUUCCUGUGCAGGGUGCACUUCGAGUCUUGCGACUGCAGAACAACCCAAUUUCGAGAGUGGCAGACCUCGAAGGGCUGCGCGGGCAGGACAAACUGGAACACAUUUCCUUCCAAGACGUCGAUAAUGUUAAUGCGCGGCAGUGUCCGGUGUGCUUGCACCCACAGUACCGCGUGACCCUACUCAACGAAAGCAAUCUGCGGAACUUGAAGAGCCUCGAUGGGGAGAGGCUACACCUGCCGGAUCUGAAUGAGAAGAUUGGACGCAUGAACACGUACCUAACGCAGCUGCAGGACGACCGAAUACAAGCCCAGAUGAAAACAAGUGGCAAUAACACGUCUACUGGCGAACAAGCCGGCGGCAGCACGACGACGUUGCUCGGCGCAACACCUUAUCCUGUGCAAAAGUAUCGUACUCGUACUAGUCGCAGAUAUGCAAGACAAAUUCAACUUUCUACGUGAAACAGCAUGACAAAUUGCAUUUUUGUUCUUGGGAAAAUUUGUAAUGCAAUUUAUACGUAUUACUAGUACGAUAGUUUUGCAAUGCAUACACCUGAUGAGCUCAGUCGGCUGUCGCCGACCUCAAAGCGCACACGCGAUGCCGCUAUGGAUUGCAAAAGUGUCUGGGUCUGGAAGGUUGGAACUUGUGAUGCUAACUGUGGACUCUAAAAAAUUCUGUAUUGCAUGACCAGCAAAAGGAGUCCGGUUUGUGCUACGCGUGGAGGGCAUUUGUCACGCGGAAUAGGUAUCAGGAAGGCCUCUAAAGAUCUGUGAUGCUAGGGCUUCCAUGACAGACAUUCUGUGUCAUGCAAAAACAGCAGAACAAAUUUGAUUUCGGAUUCUUCCAGACCCAGACAUUUUUACAUUUGAUAGCCGCACAGGACGAACUACUUCAGGCCUUGAAGAAAAGCAAAGACGUGGUCCGAGACGUGUACCGACUCGUGGACGCAGAUGUAGAUUUGCCCGACGGGACCACGGAUCUCCAAAACAACGAACCGGUCUUCGACGUCGCCGACACUGACACAGAAAACGUAUCCGCGACGGAAGACCAAUCAGCGUCUCUCGAGAGCGUGUUUGCGCGAGCAGCGGAAGUUGUAGCGACGCCGGUUGUGCUCACGAGGCAGGAAAAGGUAGUAGAUGAGGUGGAUGACGACGGACCAGCAGUCGAGCUGACUUACUGAUGAUCUGCACACCAGCAAAUGAACUGCAGCCGAGCUCUCUUCCUAUAUUCGAACUCCUCAAGCGCGUGCGAUUUUGAAGUCGUUGCUUGAU